AUGCCCAUCUCUCCCAUCAUCACCUUCAAGGCUGGCCAGUGUGACCUCGACACCUCGUCGACGCCAGCCAAGGUCAAGCCUCAGCCCCAGCCCGGCUACAUUUACCUUUACUCCGAAGAUGACUUGGUUCAUUUUUGUUGGCGGAAACGCGACGACUCGCUGGACGAGCCUGAGCUCGACCUGGUGAUGGUGCCCACCGACGGCAGCUUCGUUCCUUACGAUUCCAAGUCGACAGCACACCCGACAGCCAAGACGAACGGCCGUAUAUUCGCCCUCAAGUUCGCCUCUUCGUCGCAACGAUACCUCUUCUGGAUGCAGUCCAAGCCUCAGAGCCGAAAUGGUGAUGCUGCCUGGUUCAGUCCUAGAGAUCGCAAGAUCGGGGCCAUUGUUCAUCGCCUCCUGCAAGGUGAAGAAGUCAACGUGUCCAGCGAAUUAGCAGCCGUCCGCAACACAGACAACCGGCGAGACGACGACGACGAGCCAAUGGAAGACGUUGAGGGCCUCCGUGGUCCUCACAACCACCGCGGAAGUGGAAGUGGCGGUGCAGGACCCGAUGCAACCGGAGGAGACAUCAGAGAAGAAGGCGAAGGCUCGAGGGAAGGUGGUGCUGACGGUGCAAGAGCGGCCUCUUCGUCGGCGCCCGACGCGGCUGCUGCGGUGAGAAACUUCCUGGAGUCUCUCAGAGACCAGCCUGGGCUUUCUGGACGGCAGCAGCAGCAGCAGCAGCAGCAAAGCGACCUGCCCUACCCUCAUCUCAGCCACCUUCUCCCGACGUCCAUCACGGUAUCAAUGAUGGAGACUGCAUCUUCCGAGCUUGUCGAGUCGCUCCUGGGCCUCUUACCCCCAGCCGUGAUGGUGCUCGCCAGCGGCUCGUCCGGCUUCGACGGUAGACAGGAGCCGACGACCGAGAUGGUAGAGGCGGCAAAGGCAUCUCUUUCUCCCGACGACAAACGCAGCUUGCUCAAGAAGGUGAUGCGCAGCCCGCAGUUUCACCAGGCGCUGGGAAGCCUGACCAUGGCUCUGCGGGACGGGGGUCUGCCCGGGGUUGCCGACGCACUUGGCGUGAAGGUUGAGAACGGCGGUUAUAUUAGAGAUGGCGGGAUGCCGAUGGGCGGUGGACAUGCCGUCAGGGCCUUUGUGGAGGGAGUCAAGACGACGGUUCGGGAGGAGAAUCCUUAG